AUGAUUAUUCGUGGCGGUGUUAACAUUUAUCCAGUUGAAAUUGAAAAAGUUAUUGUUGAACAUCCGAGUGUUGCAGAAGCACAAGUUUUUUCGAUUCCUGAUGAACGUCAUGAUGAAGAAGUAUGCGCAUGGAUUAAGUUGAAACCAAAUGCACCAUCAUGUCAAGUGGAAGACAUUAAAAAAUUUCUUUCAGACAAAUUAGCAUUUUUUAAAAUACCAAAACAUAUUCGAAUUGUUGAUCAGUUUAUUACAACAACGACAGGAAAAGUUCAAAAGUUUAAAUUAUCUCAAAUAAUAGUUCAAGAGUUAGAGAAAGCAAAAAAAAGCCAAUAG